AUGUUUGAAGAAAAUCGAUUAUCGAUUUGUGGUUUCAGCUACCUUUGCCGUACCGAUCCUCGAGAUGUGGCUCGUGUCGAAUCAAAGACCUGGAUGGUCACCAAGGAUAAGUACGACUCUGUAUGUCACACUCCCGAAGGUACUCGACCGAUCAUGGGACAAUGGAUGAGCGAAGAGCAAUUCGGCAAAGAACUCGACGCCAGAUUCCCCGGAUGCAUGGCUGGACGUCCAAUGUACGUUGUACCGUUCUCGAUGGGACCCAUCGGUGGACCAUUGUCGAAGAUCGGAAUCGAACUCACCGACUCAAGCUAUGUGGUGUUGUGCAUGAAGAUCAUGACCCGUAUGGGAGCAAAGGUCCUGGAGACACUCGGCGACGACGACUUUGUCCGCUGUGUCCACUCCGUCGGUCUUCCGCGUCCAGUCAAACAGAAGGUCAUCAACCACUGGCCCUGCAACCCCGACAAGGUUAUGAUCGCUCAUCGACCCGUUGAGAGGGAGAUCUGGUCCUUCGGAUCGGGUUACGGUGGAAACUCGCUUCUCGGAAAGAAAUGCUUCGCACUUCGAAUCGCCUGCAACAUCGGAUACGAUGAGGGAUGGAUGGCCGAGCACAUGCUGAUCAUGGGUAUCACAAAUCCAGAAGGCAAGGAGCGAUUCGUCGCCGCUGCUUUCCCAUCCGCCUGUGGAAAGACGAAUCUCGCUAUGUUGACCCCGUCCUUACCCGGCUUCAAAGUCCGCGUAGUCGGAGACGACAUCGCUUGGAUGAAAUUCGGCGACGACGGACGCUUGUAUGCUAUCAACCCAGAAGCUGGAUUCUUCGGAGUCGCACCAGGCACAUCCAGAAAGACCAACCCUAUGGCUGUGGCAUCGUUCCAGAAGAACUCAAUCUUCACCAAUGUGGCUGAGACUUCUGAUGGAGAAUACUUCUGGGAAGGAUUGGAAAAGGAUCUCAAGGAAGAUAGAAAGAUGACCGAGGAACAACUGCGCCAUCUCGAAAUCACCAACUGGCUCGGUGAGAAAUGGCACAUCGGAGAUGAGGGCUGCCCACCCGAACUCACGUUUCACAGCCCCAGCUGGUCAAUGCCCAAUCAUUCAUCCCAGAUUGGGAAGCUCCACAAGGAGUACCAAUCGAUGCCAUUAUUUUCGGAGGUCGCCGUCCCGAAGGAGUACCCCUCGUAUUCGAGAGUUUCUCAUGGGAACAUGGAAUUCUCGUCGGUGCACUUGUCAAGUCAGAAGCGACAGCUGCCGCUGAACACGUCCGGAAAGCAGGUCCCGAAAAUCUUCCACGUCAACUGGUUCCGUGAGACGAAAGAUCACAAAUUCUUGUGGCCUGGAUUCGGUGAAAACAUCCGUGUACUCGACUGGAUUCUCAGAAGAGUAGAUGGCACCGAGGACAUCGCGGAAGAAACCCCAAUCGGAUACAUUCCCAAACGGGGCAGCAUUAAUCUUGACGGAAUCCCACGUGUCGAUUGGAAUGAACUGAUGUCAAUUCCAAAAGACUACUGGAAGGAGGAUAUUGACGAGAGCAAACACUUCCUUGAAUGCCAGGUCGGUCCCGAUCUUCCAAAACUCAUCGCCGAUCAACUAGAUGCGCUUGAGAAGAGAAUUCAUGCGAUGUAA